AAUCCCAACAGCUAUAAUCGCCAAUAACAUAAUGUAAUUGACCAAAAAAAUAUUUAAAAAAUGAGCAUGUUGAGCUCGUUAUUCUCUUAAACACAGAUCUUAAGCUCUCCCUUCCGAUCCAAAACAAGUAAUAAAAUCGGAUUAAAAUGGAAAAUUCAAGAAAAACUCACCAUCUCUAUGUGUGGUGCUUAGUGUCAUCCGUCAUUCUUAAUCUGUUUUUUAUGUACAAAUGGUAUGAGGAUUCUCAAGUGAGUUGGACAAGAAGAGCAGCAGCAGAAGCUGAGGCAGCAGCAGCCAUUUCUUGCUCAGGCCAUGGAAGAGCCUUCUUGGACGGCCUCAUUCUUCAUAGGGGACAACCACCGAUCUGUGAGUGUCACAGUUGUUAUGGAGGUCCUGAUUGCUCCCAGUUCUUCCCUCACUGUUCUGUAAAUGCUAAUGGUGGAGAUCCAUUAUUCUUGGAGCCUUUCUGGGUGCAGCACGCAGCCAGCAGUGCAGUUGUUAUAGCAGGAUGGCAUCGGAUGAGCUACUUACACGCAGAUCAAACCCAAAUCUCACAAGUGCUAGAAAGCCACAUUCGCAAGCUGCAUGACACUGUAGGGAAUGCAGUAACACAAGGAAGAUACAUUCUUUUUGGUGUUGGUUCAACCCAACUCCUUAAUGCUGCAGUUUAUGCUUUGUCCCCUUAUAAUGCCUCAUCCCCUGCCAGAGUUGUAGCUUCAAUCCCUUUUUACCCGGUUUAUGAAGCGCAGACAACUUUAUUCAGGUCGAUGGAUUUCAGGUUUGAAGGAGAUGCUUCCUUGUGGAAGAAUUAUUCAGACACUAAUACUGAUAUAAUUGAGUUUGUAACUUCUCCAAAUAACCCUGAUGGCCAGCUGAACGAGGCAGUUCUUCAAGGCCGAAAUGUGAAAGCAAUUUAUGAUCGUGCCUAUUAUUGGCCUCAUUUCACAGCAAUUCCAGCUCCAGCAGAUGAAGAAGUGAUGCUGUUUACUCUCUCUAAACUCACUGGUCAUGCUGGCUCUAGAUUUGGUUGGGCCGUAUUAAAGGAUGAGGCCACAUAUCAAAGAAUGAAAUCGUAUUUGCAAUUAACAGUCAUGGGAGUUUCUCGGGAAACUCAAUUAAGAGCUCUGCAGCUCCUGAAAGUUGUCCUUCAAGGAGGAAAGGACAUAUUUGAGUUUGGACAUGAAACAAUGAGGAAACGUUGGGAAAGAUUGAGCAAGACAAUGUCAAUGUCAAAGCGCUUCUCUGUCCAGAAAAUACCACCCCAGUACUGCACAUUUUUCCAUAAAGUCAGGGAAGCUUCACCUGCUUAUGCGUGGGUGAAGUGUGAGAGAGAAGAAGAUAAAGACUGUUAUGCAGUUCUUCAAGCAGGCAAUAUCACUGGUCGGCCUGGUGGUUUGUUCUUCGCUGGAGAUCGGUAUGUGCGUCUCAGCCUCAUCCGAAGCCAAGAUGAUUUUGAUUUAUUGAUUCUCAAGCUAAACCAGCUGGUCCACGAGGAAGAUGACCGACAAAGUAUGUGAAAAACGUAAAGUCAUGUCUUAUUGACCUGCAUGGCAUCUGUCCCAUGAUCAUUUCUCCACUGUCAAGCAGGAAAACGCUAGUAGUUUCUUUAGAACUGGGAAAUCUGAAAAUUUUCAUUUGUAUCAAGCAUGUGAAUGUUUAAGUAUCCUUUUGAAUAAGAUAUUCAAUCAUUUUGUAGAAACAAAGCUGCUACAGAUAGCUUAUUCUUCUGCUUCGCAUGUCAUUUUUAAACCCGAAGAACAAUUAUUCAUUCC